CUUGAAGUCUGGCGCGAAUGGUGGACCGUCCAAGAGCUCUGAAAUAUCGAUGGAACGUCCGAGCGGCGGAUGAAUUCGAAUUGAAUAUUCGCGGUACGUUCGCAGCCGUCCUGGUCAGCCGUUCGGCCAUUUCCGGCGCGCUUCGGGCGAGUUCGCGCGCGCACUGGCAAAAUGUCGUCUGCUAGGCGCGUCGUUGUCCGUCGUGAACCGGGUCGGGCAUUCGUGACGCGAAAAUCGUGGCGCGAUAAAGGCGAUAUAAUGCGGGGCGCGCGCGCGCUCCGCGUUCGCGAGUAGACGGGGUCGACGGGUGGUAUAACCGACAAACCGACAACGGUGAAUUCGAUGCGAUCGUCGCGCGCGUGUCUGAUCGUUAUUCCCGUGCUGAGCGGACGCGCGCUCGCCGGGCCGAGCGGAUAGUGUAAAAGUCGCGUCGUCGCCGUGCGAAGCCCACCCGUUCCAUUCCCGUUCCUCAAUCCUUCGUGCGCCGUUCCUCUGGUGGGAAACAUCGAUUUUCGCUUGUUUUUCCGUUCGGACCGACGGUCGCCGGUGACCGAAUCUUCGGGAUCUUCCUCCGUCGCGGCUUUAGGUUCCAAUUCGCGACCGGCGUCCGUAGCCCGCGGACGAUGCCUCCGUAAGGAAACAGACCACCACUACCAUCACCACCACCACUAGGAGGCGAGGACGUCGCGCAGGAGGUGCGACGGAUUAUUUUCAGCUGGACGCACGUGCGUCGGAACGCACGUGUUCCCAGGUGGCGGUGUCUCGGUGUCGCGUCGUGGCAGUGAUGUAAACAAUGUCGAGAAACGGCUGCCGCGAGUUAUUGUUGACGCAGUACUGUGGUGGUAACGGCGCGUAAGGACAUUGCCAUCGUACAACGCGCCGUACGAUACACUGGAGAGACGCAUGCGGCGCGGCACCCGAGCAUGGUGUAAGAGAAGCAAUCGGACGGCUUGGGCUGCGAAGAUCAUGGAGUUCGAGCUGGAUGGCAGCCUCAAGGAAUGGGCGAAGGACAAGCCCCUGAGCAUCCUGCAGCUCGAUCCUGCCGAUCGGGCGGUCUUGCGAAUCGCUGACGAACGAGAUGCUAUACAGAAAAAGACCUUCACGAAGUGGGUGAACAAGCAUUUGAAAAAGACUUACACGUGUCUACACGUGUGCGUCCUUGUGAACAACCAACCAUGCUGUUCCCCCACCGCGAGCAGACAUGUCGGGGACCUGUUCGAGGAUCUACGCGACGGCCACAAUCUCAUCUCCUUGCUGGAAGUGCUCUCGGGCGAGCACCUUCCGCGGGAGAGGGGCCGAAUGCGCUUUCACAUGCUGCAGAACGUGCAGAUGGCCCUCGAUUUUUUACGGUACAAGAAGAUCAAGCUGGUCAACAUCCGGGCGGAGGACAUCGUGGACGGUAACCCGAAGCUCACACUCGGCCUGAUAUGGACUAUUAUCUUGCACUUCCAGAUAUCGGACAUAGUGGUCGGUCAGGAACCGAACGUGACGGCGCGUGAGGCCCUUUUGAGAUGGGCUCGACGAUCGACAGCCCGAUAUCCUGGAGUACGGGUGACCGAUUUCACCUGUUCUUGGAGGGACGGUCUGGCUUUCAGUGCUCUUCUCCACAGGAACCGGCCGGAUCUGGUCGAUUGGAGAACGGCGCGUGCAAGCCAGCCGCGAGAGCGGCUCGAUCGGGUCUUCUUCGUCGCCGAGCGCGAGUACGGCGUUACGAGGCUUCUCGAUCCAGAAGAUGUUGAUACCCCCGAACCGGACGAGAAGUCCUUGAUAACGUACAUCUCUUCGCUCUACGACGUGUUCCCGGAGCCGCCGGCCAUUCACCCUCUGUACGACGCCGAGGCGCAAAGACGAUCCGCGGAAUAUCGUGAACUUGCGACCUCUCUUCAUAUGUGGAUCCGCGAGAAGAUGGCCCUCAUGCAAGAGCGAUCUUUCCCGCCGACUCUGAUCGAGAUGAAGAAACUAGCGGCGGAUAGUACGAAGUUCAAAAAUGAGGAGGUACCGCCACGAUACAGAGACAAACAGAGAUUGACAUACAUCUUCCGAGAUCUGCAAAAGUAUUUCGAAGCAGUAGGCGAAGUGGACAUGGAACCAGAAUUACAUAUUGAUGUUAUCGAAAAGAAUUGGAAUCGCCUAAUAAUGUUGCAUCAGGAGCGCGAGCAGGCUAUUAUAGACGAAAUUAAACGACUCGAGCGACUGCAACGACUCGCCGAGAAAGUGCAUCGUGAGAUGAAAACGACUGACAACAGAUUAGAGGAGCUUGAGAGACGUGUGGAGGACGAAGCACGCAGGCUCGAUCGCCUUCAUCCUUUGGAAGCGAAACACGCAGUGGACUUACUGGAACAGGACAUACGCAGUACGGAAACCCAGAUACAGAAUAUAUUUACCGAUGUGCACACCCUUACGGAGGGUAGAUACAGUCAGGCGCCUGAGCUUCAUAAGAGAGUACAGAAAUUGCAUCAAAGAUGGGUUGUACUACGAUCUCUUCUGCAUAGGCGUCUGGUACAACCUCUCUCUGCGGUUUCCUUCCCUGUGGAGGAACGUGUUGUCACGAAACACCGCACUACCGUCCAUGAAACACGAUUGGUUGAUACCAAUCCACACUUCCGCGCAUUACACGAUUGCAUAGAUUGGUGUAAGAGCAAAUUGAAACAUCUACAAGAAGCUGAUUACGGAUCGGACUUGCCUAGUGUGCAAAAUGAAUUGGAUGUACAUCAACGAGAGCAUAAGAACAUCGAUCAAUUCAAAGCCAAGGUCGACAAGUGCGUGCAGGCAAAGAACAAUUUUCAUGGCGAGGAACUCACGUUGUACAGUCAGCAUCUUAACACUCUGCAGAAACUUUAUGCCGAGCUUCUUAACAUAUCGAAUAAGAGGCUUUCUGAUUUGGAUACCCUACAUGAUUUUAUACAAUCGGCUACUGGCGAAUUGGUUUGGUUAAACGCCAAAGAAGAAACAGAAGUCACGCGCGAUUGGAGCGACAAGAACCUCAAUGUGCAGAGCAUUGAACAAUAUUACGAGUCUUUGAUGAGCGAUUUGGAGAAACGUGAGAUACAAUUUUCGGCAGUGCAAGAUCGUGGUGAGGCACUUGUUCUUCAGCAUCAUCCUGCAGCAAAAACGAUCGAAGCUUACAUGUCCGCUAUGCAAACUCAGUGGGCUUGGUUAUUACAACUCACUCUCUGCCUUGAAGUACAUUUAAGACACGCCGCGCAAAACCAGCAAUUUUUCAAGGAAAUUCAACAGGCCGAACAGUGGAUCUCCAAACAGGAUGAAACGCUGAAUACCGUUUACUCGCAAUCCGAUUUCUCAUUGGACGAAGGAGAACGGCUUUUGAAGGGCAUGCAAGAGUUGCGCGAGGAGCUUAAUAAUUAUGGUGAUCACGUACAGAGACUCGUGGAAAGAGCAAAGGACAUCGUUCCUAUGAAGCAACGCAAACAACCAGUUAUGCGACCGUUACAAGUCACUUGUAUCUGUACCUACAAACAAGUCAAUAUGUCUAUCGAGAAAGGAGAACAAUGCACGCUGUACGAUAAUUCCGGUAGAGUUAAAUGGCGCGUCAAGAACACGCAGGGAGUGGAAUCUCCUGUACCAGGUGUCUGCUUCGCACUGCAACCUCCCGAUAAGGAAGCAUUGGAUGCUGCGGAAAGAUUGAGACGACAAUAUGACAGAAGUGUUGCUCUCUGGCAACGAAAACAAUUGAGACUAAGACAAAACAUGAUAUUCGCGACUAUCAAGGUAGUCAAGGGUUGGGAUUUGCCGCAAUUCUUGGCGAUGGGACAAGAUCAACGUACAGCUAUCAGAAAAGCGCUGAAUGAAGAUGCAGAUAAGUUACUAUCCGAAGGAGAUCCGGCGGAUCCACAACUCAGAAGAUUGAAACGCGAGAUGGCGGAUGUUAAUCGACUGUUCGAUGAUUUCGAGAAGCGUGCCAGAGCCGAGGAAGAAUCGAAAAAUGCUGGACGCAUUUUCAACGAUCAAGCGUCUUCGCUUCAGCAGGCACUCGACGAAGCCGAGCGAGUAUUGAACGCGCGCAUAGCCGCGCCUUUACCUCGAGAUCUUGAUAGCUUGGAACAUCUCGUAUUGCAGCACAAAGAUUACGAGCAGAAUCUACAACGCUUGGCGCCGGACGUGGAACAAAUGCAACAGACGUUCCGCGGAAUCACUCUGAAGACUCCGGCGAUGAGGAAUAAACUUGAUAAUAUCACGAGCAAAUGGAGUCACUUGUGGAAUCUUAGCAGCUUGUAUGUUGAGCGCUUGAAGUGUGUUGAGAUUGUGCUGUCCAGCCUUGAAGAAAAUACGACGGCAAUCUCCGAGUUUGAAAUUAAAUUGGCCUCCUUCGGCGAAUUACCAUCGGACGUAAAGGGUUUGCAAAGUGUAUUGGAAGAUCUGAUGGUUCUUCAGAAUGCUAUCGCACAGCAACAAGUGUCAAUAGAUCAAUUGAAUGAAGAUGCGCAUAACGCCAGACGUCUUGUAGAGAAAUCAAGGCCGAAUCAUCGAGGUCCGCACGGCGACAUGGACAGAUUGGACGCUGAGGUUAACAAACUAAACGCGCGAUGGACGAACGUCUGUGGUCAGCUCGUCGAUAGAUUACGCAGUGCCGAAACAGCCUAUGGAUUGGCGCAGCAGUAUCAAAACUCGUAUCAGAACGAGGUGGACUUUGUCGAUGACUCAUAUGGAAAAUUAGAGCUGGAGAACACGAAGAACUUGUUGAGCAAGGUGUUGGAUCGCACGCCGGCAAUCGAAGCGGUGAAUCUCACGGGCGGUAGAUUGAUCCGUGAAGGGAAGAUCUACGGACAAAGGCUCCGAGCGUUCAAAGAACAAUUGGAAGAUAUCUGCCCGUCGUUGGACGCAUCGGUGAAGAGGCCACGGAGAGAUUCCGUUAUUACAGUCGAUAAUGUUGCGCGCGAUCUAGAUAUCCUGAAUCGAAGAUACACGACUCUCGUGAAUCUGCUUGAGGAGCGAGUCAGGCAGCUGGCAUUACUACAUCCUGAGGACACUUCCUUACAGCGUGUUCUUCAAGAACAAAGGCCGCUGCGGACGUUCCGCACAGAGUUCAACAUAUAUGAAAGCACUACUAGCGAGGAGCGUUACACAUCCACAACCACACACUACACUCAGUCACAAUAUAUCUCCGAGAGACAUGAGUCCACCGAGACGACUUUCUCGAGCGAGACUUCGAAGAGAAGUUACAAUGCGGAGCAAGCUAUGUAUCGUCCUAAUGACGAGACCACCAGCCUGGGUGCGGUUCAGACCGACGGCGUCGGGGAGACCCUGGGUGCGGUCCAGCCCGACGGCGUCGGUGAUACCCUGCUCAAACGCUCGCACGAGAGCGAUACGACGAACUAUGAUAGGCGACAGCAGCAGCACGAGUUUUCGUCCGUCGUGGACGGCGGGUUUAGUAGCGAGCUUAGAGGGGUCGACGAUAGGGGUAAUAUUAUCGAAUCGGUUCACGUGAUGGACGUUAAGUGUAUCAUAGAUCAGAGCACCGGCAAAGUUCUUAGCGUGCGCGAGGCGAUUCGGCUCAAGAUCCUCGACGUUAGGAACCUUAGGAUAGUGACAUCGAGCGAUGGCAGGACGAGCGUGUCGAUCCAGGAGGCCGCGCGUGACGGUAUCAUCAACGCGGAGAUGGCCGAUUGGCUGUUAACUCCAAAUGGUCGGGUGUCUAUGCUCGCGGCAAUGAGUGAGGAGUUCAACGACGAACGGGCCGACAUCGCGGAUCGAGUUAAGGUAACGACAGCACGUCGUGACGAUGGUGGCGGAAAUAAUGCCGCCACCAUGGGAUUUAGCGUUGUCGAUGCGAUGAGAAAGGGCUUAUUGGAUCCAGCCACGGGAGAGGUCAUCGCCGAGAAUGGCGAACGAAUUUCGAUUGAGGAGGCAUACUCACGCGGCUAUCUUACUAAGGUGGACGUGACCGUUAGGGUAACUCGUAGUGCCAUCGCACUCUCCGACGCAAUAUCGCAGAAUCUUGUGGAUGAUCGGACCGGCCGCAUCGUCGAUAGGAUUACCGGCGAGUCUUAUCCAUUGGACGAAGCCGUCGACAAAAACAUUAUUGAUGCGAAUGUGAAAGAGAUUGUGGAUACGAGGAGCGACUGCAAGAUGACGGUGGCUGAGGCUAUGAAACACGGUAUAUUGAAUGCCAAAAGCGGUAGAUACAUGCACGGCUUGUCGAUGGAGAAAUUGCCGUUUAAGGAAGCUCGUCGUCGGCAAUUGAUCGUUAAGCCGAUGACGCUCAAAGACUGUUGCGAUCUAGAAAUUAUCGACGACAAAGGCAAAAUCGUCAGUCCAGCACAUCGUGAUAAAUUAACGUUAUUGGAGGCCAUAUCACGCGGAGUCUUAGACUCGGAGAACAUCAAGUCCAUAGUAGAUACUCGAACCGGCGAAAUGAUUACGCUAGCCGAUGCCUUAACCAGCGGUAUAAUUAAAAUCGAUGGCACGUAUCGCGACAUGUUGAAGGAUGAAAAGUUCCCUAUUCCUCUAGCCGUCGAGAAAGGUCUGAUCACGUCGGUGACUCAGAAAAGUAUCUUUGACAUCGAUGGCUUCAAAGAUCCAGUUUCCGGCGAAUAUAUUAGUUUGAAUGCGGCAUUAUUGAAAGGUUUGAUCAGCUCAAAGUCCGGCGGUACUUUCACGAUUGACCUAAAAACCGGAAAGACCGUUUCAUUAAGCGAAGCAGAAGAACAGGAUUAUAUUAGACCAGAAGUACUGGAGAUGCUAAGCCGUGGCAUCGGCAUUACCGAGAACGGAUGCGAGACAAGCGUUCUCGAGGCUGUGCUGCUCGGAUUGUUAGAUCCUAAGUCUGGUCAAUUGUUGGAUCCGCGUAGCAAGAGAAUAGUGCCUUUGGAGGAGGCGAUCAAGCGAGGACUCAUUACUCCCGACGGUGCCGCACUGCUCACCAGUUUAUUGAACAUCGCAGUCACCACGCAAACUGUGACGAAGACCAUCAGAAGAUACGUGACGACUCUACAAACGGGUGAAACUGUUACAAGAGAUUUCAAAAUCAGUUAUGAAGAAGCGUUAAGCAGCGGUUUGAUCGAUGAAAAUAAAAAUGAAUUUAGGGAUCCUGAUUCGGGAAUGACGAUGUCCAUUAAAGAUGCUUUUGAGCAAAGUUUGCUUGGUGAUGACGUUCGCCAACAUGUACAUUCGCAAGAACGUACUUCGGAUUCGUUACAUACAACUUUUGAAAGUACUCUGACAACAAAUAUCGAUGAAGUACCUAGAAGUAGAAGAAGUGAAUCACCACCUAGAGCAAUUGGCACAGUUACAACUAUUAUUACCAAAGAAAUUGCUCCGCGAGCAUCAUCUACACCGAUGAAAGAGUCAUCCUCAGUUACGAUGACGAUCGCACCAUUAGCCAUGACUGAUUCUGUUUCUUUCGCGCGAGAUUCAACUAAAGAUAUCUCACCUUCGACAAAAGUUAGCGACUCGACUAAAUGGUCGACUUCCGAAAUAACAUCGAAAACGAGUUCGUUUGAUCAAACUCAUAUAGUAAGUCAUGAUCUCAAAUCACCUUUGCGUGAUGAAAAACAAGAUAUGGAAGUAAUUACAUCAGUUAUACCAACUACGAAUCGCACAUCAGAGAUUUCGAAAUUCAUAGAAAACGAACGUGUUUUCACGAAUAAACAAGUGUUCGAACUACCCACGGAUGGUUGGACACUCGCUGAAGCUAUCGAUAGGAAACUACUUGAUCCUGUUACAGGUCUUUUCAUAAUUCCAGGCACCGACAGAUUGGUUUCUUUCGAAGAAUGUAUUAACUUGCAGAUCAUCAAUCCGAGUUCUGGUUUUGUUAUUGAUCCCUCUAAUGGAAGAAAGGUGUCGUUGGUGCGAAGCUUAGAAAAGAAUAUUCUGGACUCUACGGGUCACUAUUGUUAUCCACAAAAAAUCUCGAUGAGAGAAGCGAUUGCGAAUGGAUUGAUCAUAUUGGAAGGAGAACCGAGCGUAGAUAGCGUAGAUAGCACUAAUCAGAGGCUUCUUCAGAUCACAAGGGUUUCAGGUGAGCCCGAUAAAGUGGAGUUGACGCGUGUUGGCGAUCCUUCUCAGCAAAUGGAAAUAAAAGUUAGCGACGAAAUGUCUAUGCCGGAUCCGGUGCAAGUAACUCAGGGAGUGAUUUAUGAUCCAGGAACGGCCUUAGUAAUCUCCACAAAAACUGGAAAAUCUGCGAAUCUCUUAGCCGCAGUUUCCGAAGGAACGAUACCGUCUACUGCUGUAAUCGUCAAAGAUCCAACGACGGGUAAAGACAUUGGCAUGGCGGAAGCUGUUAACCGCGGUAUUCUGAAUACUAAUACAUGCGAAUAUAAAAUUGAUGAUGGCAGAAAGAUAUCACUGAUCGAUGCGGCAAAGUUUGGAGUGGUGGCUGUUCUCGGUGCUCCCCUUGCGGCCACCGCGGCCGCCAUAGAAGCGGUACAGAGAACGAUGGUCAAAGAUCCAGUAACUGGUAAGAAAGUGCCAAGAGAAGUCGCCAUUGAACGUGGCAUCAUUCCGAUGGACGAUAACGUAAUUUCACCAAUUAUUGAAUCUGCAAGUGGUACGCCUGAUGAAAAUGAAAAAGUUAUUGUGAAACAUGAUGAACCUGGAAAUGUUUGCAUACCGAAGGAGGACGUUAAGAAUACAACUUUGAUUGAUUUGUCGAAAUCCGCUAAUGAUGUUAUGGAUGGCGAGAGUUUAGGCACGAAGACCAGAGCGCGAGUGACGGUCGAGCCGAGGUAUCAAGUUACGAUUGGUAAAGCGAAAACACUACCACAAAGUCCGGAACAAGAAGCGAAACCUAUCGUUCUGCAGAAGAUGCGAAAGAGGAUAGUAAACGUUAAGGAAGCGUUGCAAAGUGGUUUCAUCGACAUGGAAACAGCAGAUACCUUCGCGAAGAAAAUGUGUGAUGAGAAAGGGGAUCCGAUCACUCUUUCUGAAGCAAUCCGUGAUAACCAAAUAGACGCCAAUCAAGGUCAGAUCAUGGAUCCACAAAGAGGCGAUGUGCUUAGUAUCAAGCAGGCUAUCGAUCGUGGAAUCCUUGAUCCAGAGAGCGCGCAUAUAUUAGUACCUUUGGCGAAAAGCUUGUCCGUGCCCAGCUUAUAUACGCAAGGUUUGCUAGAUCCUGUAGAGGGUAAAAUCGUUCAUCCAGAAACAGGCGCGCAUCUCACUCUCAACGAGGCUAUAGUAUGCGAAAUAGUGGAUCCUCUAUCUAACUUGAUGUUUACUGUUGAUGGCCGUACGGAAACGUUGCAGUCUGCCAUUGCGAACGAUACUGUCGAUGCAGAGAGAUUGUUGGUCAAAACGCAAGGCGGUAGCGUAGAUUUAGUGAAUGCGAUAGAGAACAAAGUGCUUGAGUUAAAGAGACCGACUAAAUCUUUCAAUAUACCGCCGGCGGGAAUGACGUUCCCUGUUGCAUUAAAACGUGGAUUGAUAGACAUCAGCAAGAAAGAAAUACGUCAUCCUAUUACCGGAGAGCAUUUACCACUGGAGGACGCUAUAAAGAAAGAUUUUAUCAUGGCAUUACCAUAUCCAGUGACUCCUGACAGUAUCGAAAUAACGAAGGCUUUAGAAUCAGGAUUGAUUGACAGGGACAAGGCUAUAUUCUUCCAUCCUACUACGGGAACUCCGAUUCCAAUUGCCGAAGCUGUCGAGUCUGGUCUACUCAUCAUCAAAUCGCCUCAUGAUGAAAAUACAGCUGCCAUUACUGAAACAGUUACAUCGUACCACACUAUUACGACCAAGACUGUUGAGCUUUUGCCAGGUUAUGCGCUGAAGAAUCCAACGGAAGUACAAGAUAUUAAUACCGGUAAUAUCAUUACUAUUGAAGAGGCACGACAACGAGGUAUCAUUAAAGAUGUAUCUGAAACUAAACAGGAAUUCACGACGAAAGAUAUCAAGAUGUCCUUUAAUCACGCAGUGGAAAAAGGAUUCGUAGAUAUGGAAAAGGGAAUUUAUACUGAUCCUUGCACCGGUACCGUAAUGCCUAUCGCUAAAGCCGUUGAGGAAGGAAUCCUCGAUACUUCAUCUAGCAAGAGUGAAUCUGUAACACCCAGAAAAUCUCCCAAUAACAGUUUGACUGUGUUAGAAGCGGUUGAGCAAAUUUAUGAUGAAAAAACUGAGACGUUUAAAGAUCCUGAGACGAACGAAUCUUACAAUUUGACGGAAGCAAUGAAAGUGGGACUAAUCGAACCCGAUUCUGUACUUUAUAAUGUGAAAACUAAAGAAUCUAUCACUACCAAAGAAGCACUCGAGAAAGGUUUGCUUGAUCCUGCCACUGGAAAAAUGAAAAUUGCGCGAGAUCAGAAGGAUCAUUCGAUUAGCAUAGCGGAAGCUACGAAAAUGGGUCUCUUGGCAGUCGUAGCCGCACCAAUCUUAGCUGGAAAAGCAGUUGUUGAUGCAAUUUCAAGUCGCAAAUCUAAAGAGUCAAAACCGAAUGCAUCCGAGACGAAAUUAUCUGUUUCAGCGAAGAAAGAAUCAAGUCCACCUGUAAAAAUUAUUUCAAGCCAAAUUCAAAUUACCCAGAAAUCUCAUGUUGAUUCUCAAAGUGAAGAUAAAACGUCGAGUUUUAUAGAAACGCAAAAACCAUUUUCAGAUAGAAUAGUAGAAGAGAUUCAAACUACAGAGACAGAAAUGGAAGACGAUAGCCAAUUGAGAAGAAUCACGGACGAAGAAAUGCCAAAAUCCAUUUCGAUAACCAUUACGAGAGAAUUAACGCCUCAGGUUCUUGCGGAACUUGGAAUAUUUGAUCCUGUAAGAGAAAAAUUCUUGGAUCCGGAAAUGGGUACCAUCACUUCCUUCAACGAUCUAGUAUUAAACCUGAAAGUCUUUGAUCCAGACCGAGUACUCGUCAAAGAUCUAUCCAAGACGGAUUUGUACGUGAAACUACGUGAGGCAAUCAGCCGACCUCUCGUAGACAGAAACGUCGCUUACAUGGUCGAUCCAAAGACCGGUAAAAAGAUACCUUUCUUCGAGGCGGUGCGCUUGGGUUGGAUCAAGGAGGAACCGGAAGAUGAAACAGAUACAGAACAAUUUGCAGAAUCGCAGGCUUUAGACUUGCAAGAAGCUAUCGAUAUUGGCAUAUGCAAUCCCAUCACAGGAACAAUUCAAGAUCCAAAAACGGGACAAGUGUUGUCCAUGAACGAAGCUAUUGAUACAGGAUUUAUCGACGUUGAUGUGCUUGGCGUGAGAAAUCCCAUUACUGACGAAAUCGUGCCGUUUUGUGAAGCGUUGGAAACCGGCAUCGUAAAUCUUCGCAAGGACGUUGUCAUCAAUACAGAAACAAGAACGGAAAUCAAUAUUACAACGGCGUUUUUACGAGGUCUAAUUGUACCCAUUUCUCGCAAACCGAUCUCAUUAGAAGCUAUUAUUAGGCAAGGUCAUUACGAUACUGAGACAGGAAAAAUACAAGAUCCUCUAACUAAACAAUUGAUCGACGUUGAGGAAGGUGUUCGUAGAAGUGUUGUUGAUGCUUUUAUCACCGAGGUUGAGGAUACAAAAGCCGGUUCAUCCGUCUCGUUGGAUGACGCGCUGACUAUGAACUUGUUGAUUCCCAGUACAGGUCGCUUGCGCGAUACGAAAGCGGGAGAGCUUCUACCCUUGGACGUAGCGCUUCAUAAACAUUUGAUUAUCACAACACCAUUCGUGCCUUCGCUGAUAGACGCUAUUGUUCAGCAAUACUAUUCACCGAAAACUGGCCUCGUUCUGAAUCCAAUGACGGGUGAAGAUAUAACGCUGAAGGAGGCAUUAGCUAUUGGUUAUAUUAAUGGCUCUACUACAGUAGUAAAAGAUGAUAGAAAAGAUAGCGUUAUUCCUCUCAAUGAAGCAGAGAAAAAUAAGCUAAUAGAUUUAGUAAGAGGAACAUUGAUUUAUCCGCAUUCUAUGACAUUGGACGUUGCCUUUGAAAAAGGAUACAUUUUGAGUACCGUGAAACCAUGGACGCUACAGGAAGCUUUAGCUCUUCAAAUUUAUGAUCCAAAGUUAGGCACUUUUACUAUUGAUGAUAAUAAUUGUACUUUGGAGGAGGCGAUGGAGAAAGGCUUUAUUAGUAAAGACAGUCCAUCGAUUAAAGAUCCGAGAAACAACGAUAUUAUAUCUCUGGGCGACGCUAUCAAACAUGGCUUUAUCAAUACGAAGACCAGUACGGCAGUGGAUCCAUGUACCAGUGCGCCUCUUUCGUUAACUGAUGCCUUAGAUCGCGGCUUUAUAGUGCCAGCGAAACGUAAAAUAUCCCUACCGGACGCCGUCUUCAAAGGUUUAUACGAUCCCAAGACCGGACAAUUCACAAUACCUGACACGCAAGAGAAGCUUCCUACUGAUCGCGCGAUUAAAAUGGGCGUGAUAGAUGCAACUACCGCAAUCGUACGAGAUCCCAACGGCGACGUGAUGACAUUCAAUAAGGCUAUUAAGACCUCCAUAGUUGACCCCAAAUCCGGAACAGUUAGUCAUACCAGAGGACCGCCUGUAGAUUUCCAGGAAGCGCUGGAACGUGGUUUGCUUCUCGAAACAAGAAGACCUAUGAGCUUUAGCGAGGCAAUUUCAAAGGGCAUCCUCGAUGAGAAGACCAACAAAUUUUUAGAUCCGCAGACGGGAAUUUAUCUAACAAUAUUGGAAGCUAUUCAAAAGAAUCUAAUAGACGCUGACUCGGUUACCGUCAAGGAUACGAGGUCCAGCAUCUGGAAAACGAUGACACUAAUGGAAGCUAUACAAUCUGAUUACAUGGACGGCACUACUGGCUAUCUCAAAGAUCCUAAUAAAGGUAACAGGAACGUAUCUCUGAGGGACGCCUUUGAAUCUGGCCUCAUUGUUGACAAUAGAGCAGCCGUAUCUUUACAACGUGCCAUCCAUCAAGGAUUGUACGAUGAUAACACAGGCAAGAUCACCGAUCCCAGUACAGGUAGAGCCGUGACGUUGCAUGAAGCGAUGAGAAAGUGUGUAAUUAGCCCUACGUUACCGUGUUAUUGGGACAAGCGUGGCGAACGUUUACUAUCAUUAGCAGAAACAUGUCGUGCUGGCGUAAUUGAUAGGCGCACCGGCAUGUUCAAAGAGCCGAGCAUGGGAUUUGGCCUAUAUGAGGCGAUAUUAAUGAAUAUGUACGACGUUUCGUCAGGCAAAUUUAUACAUCCAACCAGCAACCGCAAGCUGACGUUAGCUGAGUCAUGCCAAGUGGAUCUAAUAAAUUCCUUGACAUCGAUUAUCAAGUGCACCAGGUCUAAUAAAUACAUCCCACUGGCCGAAGCAAUCUCCUCGGGCAUCGUCGAUGACAUUCGUGGCAUGUAUGUCAUCCGCGAACUUGAUAAAGUGAUUAAUCUCCAAGAAGCAGCGAAGAAGGGUUUCAUCGUCACAUCAAAGACGCCCCUCUCGAUCGAGGAGACAAUUAAGUAUCACCUUUACCGUAGCGAUAGUGGUAAAUUUGCUAAUCCUGUUGUUAAUGAAUAUCAUGACCUGCUUCAAGCGAUUAACUGCGGUCUCGUAGAUCCUGAUACUACUGCCUUAAAAGAUGCGACGACCGGACAAAUCAAGUCGCUAUUAAUGGGCAUCGAAGACGGGACGGUCGAUGUGUCUCGAGGAAGAAUAUUGGAUCCUAAGACGACACGUGCUUUUAAUAUUGAUGUAGCUUUAGAAAGAGGUCUAUUGGUCACAAUCGAUAAACCUCUAGCGCAACAAAUAGCACAUAGAUCACCUUUAGAAGCUUCUAAAGCCGGACUUGGCGAUAAAAAUGUCAAAGAAUGUACUUUAGAAGAAGCGAUUAACUAUCAACUGAUUGAUCCGAAUACGUCAGUUGUAAGAGACCCUAGAACCGGUCGAUUUGUGACGACGGCAAGAGCGAUUGCGGACAAUGUCGUAGAUCCCUCCGUCAGAGGCACGAUUGAACUGAACAGCGGAAGCAAAAGGGAACCGCGUUUUGUACGUUUCGGUGAUGUCACCAUAUUCGUUAGGGAACCUUUCACUUUUGAGCAAGCAGUGGAGAAAGAGUAUCUGUCGCUAGAAUCGGGCAAAUUCACGGAUCCGAUCUCGAACGAACAAUUGACUCUAAAAGAGGCGGUCGGUCUCGGUAUCGUAGACUCGGACUCGGCGUUGAUUAAAGACUCGCAGAAGAAGAAGCUGGUAAAAUUACCGGAGGCAUUCCGCAAGGGCAUGAUGGACGCUGAGAAGGGCAAUGUGCUGGACACUGCUACGUCCAAGUUGUACAGCUUGCCCAAGGCUCUGGAAGCUGGUCUGUUGAUCACCCCGAGGAACGGCGUUUCGUUCAUCGAAGCGCUGCAGUUCAAUCUUUACAAUCCUACCACGGGCAGCUUUUAUGAUCCCUUCGUUAUCACUUCCGUAUUAGAUCGUAGGCGCCUCACGCUGGCGAAUGCAAUCGAGUCGGGCCUAAUCGAUCCGUCCACCACCGUGAUCAAAGAUCCGUUCACGGGUAAUAUCGCGAGUCUGUUAGAAGCAAUGAGUAGCGGAAAGGUAGAUUCCAUAGGAGGCAGAUUAGUCGAGGACAUUGAUGGCAACAAUAUCGACUUCAUGAAGGCCUUGGAGCGGGGUUAUAUACUCGCCGCUGAAGCCAGGCAAGCGGUGGAAGAGAAGUACAAGCUCUGUGACGAGACACUAUCUAAGCUUCUACAGUGGGUCUCCGAAGUUGAGAAUAGACUGGCGAAUCAAGAUACCGUCAAAGAAGACGUAGAGGAGUUGAGAAAACAGAUAAUUAUCAUGAAAGAAAUAAAGGAGGAUCUUGAAUCUCACAGUCGACCCGUGUCAUCCUGUCUAGAUCAGAUUCGACAAGUCGUCUUGACUGGCAGCAACGUGUUAUCUAGCGACGAAGUGUCCACAUUAGAGAAGAAUGGUCGAUCUUUAAAAACUCGAUUUGACAAAGCAUUAGAUCGUACUGACAAAUUAGUGAAACGUCUUAUUGGUGCGAGAGAUGAACUAACAAAGUUCAAGAAUGAGCUGAUGACAUUCUCGAUUUGGUUGGACAAAGCCAGAAGCGUGCUCGAGGAUAAGGAGCGUUCCUUAUCCGAUUUGAACAAACUUAGUACCAGCACAGAUACAACUCGCGAUUUCAUCAGUGAUGUUAUUGCUCAUCAGGCAGAUUUGAGAUUUAUUACAAUGGCCGCACAGAAAUUCGUUGACGAGAGUAAAGAGUACCUCCAAGUUCUUAACGACUUCAGGACCAGCUUGCCGCAAAGAUUGCCACAUAAAGAGCCCACAGCUAGCCAAGAUUCACCGGUACGAGCCGAAGUAUCCAAUGCAACUGCUCGAUACAAAGAUUUAUUAUCUCGAGCGAAUCUCCUGUCAGAUAGAUUGUCGGGAGUUGGCGGCAAACAGAGAGAUUAUCACGAUUCUUUAGAUAAAGCUAGAACGUGGUUGAGAGACGUUGAGCCAAAAGUUAUCAGAGUUAUUUCCGAAUCUGUUGCCGCAGAACCGAAACAAGUAGAAGAUCAAUUGAGCAAAGCUAAGGCGUUGAACAACGAAUUCCUCGCUAAUGAACGUCUAAUUGACAAUGUUAAACACAGCGUUGAGGCACUGUUACAUUCUUUGGAAGGCCAACUAACGAUCAACGAGGCUAGAGAACUUGAGGAACCAGUGAGGGUAGUAGAAGAUAAGUACAAACAACUCAGUAAUGCUCUGGCUGAUAAAUGUCAAGAACUUGACACAGCGUUAGUAAGAAGUCAAGGAGUGCAGGAUGCAUUGGACAGUCUGGUUGCAUGGCUGAACAACGUUGAAAGUCAAUUUAAAUCGCUUCAACGUCCAGCAAGUUUGCAGAAGGAACGCUUGGAGGAACAGCAAAGAGAACAGCGAUUACUUCAAGCAGAUCUAGAUAGUCAUCGUUUGAGCGUAGAAACUAUUACAGCGAAUGCUCAGGAUCUACUCUUGAAUUCGAGCAACAUUCGCAUUGCCAAACGUAUUGAAAGCAAGCUGAAGGAUGUGCAAAGUAGAUUUGAAAAAUUGAUGGAUAAAUCUUUGAGACGCGGUGAAUUUUUGGAUGAAAUCGCGCAGGCCCUGAACGAAUUCCUCGGAGACGUGGCCAAAUUCGAGAGUUGGUAUGCACAUAUGAUGGAAGUUCUCGAUUCAAGAGAUCUGAACAAACUUGACAUGUCAGAGUACGAGGCUAAAAUGGCUCAACUGAUUGACAUGCGCGAGGAUCAGCGCGGAAACUUCGAAGAUCUCAUACGCAAUGGAAAGAAUCUGAUUUCUAAGAAGGAUAUAACCGAAGCAGGCACGAUUAGAGAUAAGAUCAAAGCACUCGAGUCUCAGUGGAAGGAACUAAACAAUCUGCUCGACGAGAAACAACGAUUGUGCAAAUCUAGAGCGGAGCAGCACACAGCUUAUGAGAAAUUGCGGGAUCAAAUACUUGAUUGGCUUACUCGUACAGAAAACAAGGUGCAAGGACUUGAGCCAGUCGCCGUAGAUUUGGACAAAUUAAAAAUACAGCAAGAGGAUUUGAAGCCUAUACAAAAAGAAUAUCGCGAUUACGGCAAUACGGUUGAUAAAAUCAAUGAUCUCGGUAUUGCUUAUGACAGUUUGAUGAAGGAACGCGGCGAAAGUCCAACGCGUCGACGUGGCAGUGCUAGUCCGACGAAGAGACCAGUACUGCGAAUGUCACAAGACGGUCGCUCGCCGUCACCCACUAAAUCCUACGCAGUUCAAAGUCCGGUCUCCCCAGGUGGUAGCAGUGGAUUCAGCAGCCGUCGUUCGAGCCAAGAUGGUUUCCAUCUCGAGGAAUUAUCGCCUGUUCAACAGCAACUUUCGGAAAUUAAUCACAGAUACGGAUUACUCGGCGUCAGAUUGUCGGAUCGCCAAACGGAGUUAGAUAAUAUUAGGGAGGAAUUGAAGAAACAUUUGGACCAUUUGAAAACACUUUCACAAUUCUUGGAUAAGAUUCAGCGGCAAUUGCCUAAAGAAAGCAUGCCUGCAACUAAAGAUGAUGCAGACAAAACGGUCAAACAAGUUAAGGUUCUCAUUGAGGAGAUGUAUGAGAAACAAUCUCUGCUGGAUAGUACUCGAACGCAAGUGCGUGAUUUGGUCAGACGUAAGAAAGGAGCUGACGGUAUGGAUAGAUUGAACGACGAGAUGGAAGACGUUGCUAGUCGGUGGAGAUCAAUUUCGGACAGAUGCAAAGACCGAAUUAAAUUCCUGGAAGAUAUUAAAGAUUUUUAUGACACGUAUGAUGGUCUUAACUCUUGGCUUGGCGCUAAAGAGCGUAUGCUGGGCGCUUUAGGACCAAUUUCGGCUGAUCCUCGGAUGGUCGCAAGUCAAGUGCAACAAGUACAGGUUUUGCGAGAGGAGUUUAGAACUCAGCAACCGCAAUUGGAUCAUCUCGUACAAAUUGGAGAAAGUAUCCUCAUCACGAUAUCCAUAGAUUCGAUAGAUGGUCAGAAGAUAAAUGCGAAAUUGCAGAGUAUUUUACAGAGAUGGGCAGAUCAAAUGGGAAGACUAGAUGAAAGAGCUCAGAGUUUAGGUGACGCUGUUGAUACUAGUCGUGAAUUCGAUGCCAGCCUUAACCGGCUGCGAGACGCUCUGCAAGGAAUCUCAGAUAAUUUAGAUGAGUUGACUCUUGAGAAGGAUCCCGAAGAACAGCUUCGUAAAAUCGAGAAUCUAGAAAGACAAUUGGAAGGUCAGAGACCAUUGUUAGCGGAUGUGGAAAUGGCCGGUGCACAGUUGUGUGAGGUUCUAAGUGAUCCAGCAUCGAGAUCCGAGAUUCAAGGAAAGCUCGCCACAGUCGGCAAGAUGUACAAUAACUUGCAGAAAAAGCUGGAUCAUAGAAAAGCAGAAAUCGAAGGUAAUCUGCGAGAUGGAAGACAAUUCGAAGCCUCCUGUAGCAGAACUCUGGGAUGGCUUGCGGACGAACUUGGAAACAUGUCUGAAAAAUUGCUAGUAUCUGCUGAUAGAGAAAUACUACAACAGCAACUUGAUCAUCACGAGCCUGUUUAUCGUAAUGUGAUGGGUAAAGAACAUGAAGUCAUAAUGCUGUUGAACAAAGGACGCGACAUACUUUCGCGGUCUCAGAAAACUGAAAAUCGUUCGCUUCAACGUGAUUUGGAUAAGAUGCAGUCACAGUGGGACCGUUUGAAGAAGGAUACUGUUGAAAGGCACACUCGAUUGCAGACCUGCGCGGAACAUUGCAAGAAAUACUAUAAAGCUCAAGAUGUAUUUCUUCCAUGGCUUCGACAAGCCGAGGAUAAAUUGGAUAGUUUGAUUCCCACUUCCUUUAGACGCAAGGACAUCGAGAAACAACUGAAAGAAUUGUCAUCGUUUAGGAACGAAGUAUGGAAACAUUCCGGAGAAUUCGAAAAUAACAAGAUGCUAGGCGAGACAUUUGUCGGAGCUUGUGAUAUUGAUAAGCAAAAUGUAAAGAACGAGCUUAGUGCUAUGAAAACUAGAUGGGAUAAAUUAAAUAAUGACUUGCUGUCUAGAACACAAUCUUUGGAAGAUACUGCACGUCAUCUAAUGGAUUUCAAUGAAAACUUACGCGAUUUGCAACACGGUUUACAACGUUGUGAAGAUAAGUUAUCUUCACAUGAUGCUCUUGGCGGAGCGGCUAAAGAUCCGAAACUUCUUGAUAGAAUAAAGAACUUACGAGAGGAAACAACGAGCUUGAAGAAACCUUUGCAGUGUGUAAGACAACAGGCUAAUGAUCUUGUGAACAAAGCCGGCGAGCAAGGCGUCGAUGCGACACAUUUACAAGACGAAAUUGACAAUGUUACUGAUCGCAUUAACGACCUGCAAGCGAAACUAGAUGACAGAUGCAACGAACUGCAAAGUGCAGCGACAGCGGUUGCGCAAUUUAAUGAUCAAGCGAAAUUGAUUAAUCAACAUCUGUCUGCUCUUGAAAAAGAUCUAGAUUCCAUGAAAGCACCCGGUAGAGAAAUCAAGAUUGUAAGAGGACAAUUAGAGGAUAUUGCCAAGAUUGUUAGCAGAAUUAACAAACUCUAUGAAGAAAUUGGCGAUCUGGCGAAUCUUGGCGAACGUUUGGUUGAUUAUGGCUUCGCUGCUGACGCUGUAGCCACAAGAGAUCAGGUUGACGGAUUUAAACGGCAAAUUGGUAAACUGGAUGAGCGAGCGCGUAACAGAGAAGAUGAACUCACUUCUACUUUGAACAAGUUACAAGAGUUCUAUCAAUUACACGCAAAUGUUAUGGAGGGUAUCAAUGAUGCAAAUGAACAAGUCAGAAGAUUUAAACCUGUGGGAUCCGAAGUGGACUCUAUUAAAGCUCAACAGGAGGACUUCAGAACUCUCAAAAUUAAAAGGAUUGAACCACUAGCACACGCCGUUGAAGAUUGUAACGUGCUCGGUCAAAACCUCAUACAAACUGCAGGACGAGAUGUCAAUACCAGUAAUAUCGAAAAAGACGUCGAUAAAAUGAACGAAAGGUGGAACGACUUAAAAGAUAGACUGAACGAGCGCGAUCGCAGGUUGGACGUUGGAUUAUUGCAGUCGGGCAAGUUCCAAGAGGCUUUAGAUGGCUUAGCGAAAUGGUUGACCGAUACGGAAGACAUGGUUUCGAAUCAAAAGCCACCUUCUUCAGAUUACAAAGUCGUGAAGGCGCAAUUGCAAGAACAGAAAUUCCUGAAGAAGAUGUUGAUGGACCGACAAAAUUCUAUGACGUCUCUCUACAAUAUGGGACGAGAAGUAGCCGCCGAUGCGGACCCAAAGGAACGUAAGGCCAUUGAGAAACAAUUGAAUGAUCUAGUGGGCAGAUUUGAUAAUCUGACGGAAAGCGCCGCAGAGAGGAUGGAUGCUCUUGAGCAAGCAAUGACGGUAGCGAAACGAUUCCAAGAUAAGUUAGUACCACUUACUAUCUGGUUGGACAAGACGGAGAAGAAAGUCAGGGACAUGGAAUUGGUUCCUACCGACGAAGAGAAAAUACAACAGCGUGUCAAUGAACAUGACAUACUUCAUGAAGAUAUUAUAUCGAAGACGCCAGAUUUUAGCGAACUCACGGAGAUAGCGAGCCAACUUAUGUCGCUGGUAGGCGAAGAUGAGGCUACUACGUUGGCUGAUAAACUGCAGGAUGCGGCAGAUAGAUAUGCAGCUUUGGUUGAACGAUCCGAAGCUCUCGGUAGCUUGUUACAACGUUCGAGACAAGGCUUACGUCAUUUGGUUCUUACGUAUCAAGAUUUACAAGCAUGGAUGGAAAACAUGGAGAUCCGAUUGUCGAAGUAUCGCAUCUUGGCUGUACAUACGGAAAAGCUUUUACAACAAAUGGAAGAUCUCGCGGAUCUUACAGAAGAAGUAUCUACGCGACAAACGGAAGUUGACAGUACCGUAGAUUCCGGCCUAGAACUGAUGAAACACAUCUCGAGUGACGAAGCACUUCAACUAAAGGACAAAUUGGAUUCUCUGCAACGACGGUUUAACGAUCUUGUCACGCGCGGCUCAGAUCUUUUAAAACAUGCCCAAGAGUCCUUACCAUUGGUGCAACAAUUCCAUGAUAAUCACAAUCGUCUGAUGGAUUGGAUGCAAGGCGCAGAGGCUGCUUUGCAGUCCGCCGAACCUCGUGAGGAAGAGAUUAUCCGACUCGAGAUGGAAAUAUCGGAAUAUAGACCCGUCUUAGACAAGAUCAAUGCUGUGGGUCCACAGCUGUGUCAAAUGUCGCCAGGAGAAGGUGCUGCGACAAUCGAAGGUCUCGUAACCAGGGACAACAGGCGAUUCGAUGCAAUUGCUGAACAGAUCCAAAGAAAGGCAGAAAGAAUUCAAUUGAGCAAACAGCGAUCUUUGGAAGUGAUUGGCGAUAUCGAUGAUCUGCUCGAUUGGUUUAGAGAAGUGGAUAAUCAACUUCGAGAGGCUGAGCCGCCCAGCAGCGAGCCUGAAAUUAUUAGAGUACAAUUGAAAGAACAUAAAGCGCUUAAUGAUGAUAUAUCCAGUCAGAAAGGUAGAGUUCGUGAUGUUAUUUCGACUGCAAAAAAAGUAAUACGCGAGAAUGCUCAGCACGAAGACACAUCUACUAUCAGAGAUAAGAUGGAGGACUUGCGCGAAACAAUGGAAAUUGUAUCGGCUUUAUCAACGGACAGAUUGGGAGCUCUCGAGCAAGCUCUACCGUUAGCAGAACAUCUUCGCGAUACUCACGCUGGCCUGGUCAGUUGGCUCGAGGAGGCUGAACAACAAGUCGCUAUGUUACCUAUGCCUGCCUUGCGGCCUGACUUGAUAGCGGCGCAACAGGAUAAAAAUGAGCUUCUUAUACAGAGCAUUAACGAGCAUAAACCUCUAGUAGAGAAACUCAAUAAGACCGGUGAAGCGCUCAUUAAGUUGUGCAAUGAAGAAGAAGGUAUAAAAGUGCAAGACAUCUUGGACAAUGAUAACGCUCGCUAUGCGGCAUUGAGAGCCGAGCUAAGAGGUCGGCAACAAGCGCUGGAGCAGGCACUGCAGGAAUCCUCUCAGUUCUCUGAUAAACUGGAGGGUAUGCUGCGCGCAUUGUCUUCUACCGCCGAUCAGGUGAACGGCGCUGAACCCAUCAGUGCUCAUCCAGCUCGUUUACGCGACCAGAUGGAAGAAAAUGCUGCCUUAGCAGACGAUCUUGCUCAGAGAUCCGAGGCUUACGCGGCUGUUAAAAAAGCAGCGGACGAUGUGAUCAGCAAGGCCGGCAAUAGGGCCGAUCCGGCAGUGAAAGACAUCAAACGCAAGCUGGAUAAACUUAAUAGAUUAUGGACCGACGUCCAAAAGGCCACGACCGAUCGCGGUCACACUUUAGAUGACACUCUAGCCGUCGCCGAAAAAUUCUGGGCCGAGUUGAACGGAGUCAUGGCCACUUUAAGAGAACUACAAGAUGCGCUGGCUGGACAGGCGCCACCGGCGGCUCAACCAGCUGCUAUCCAGCAACAGCAAGUAGCAUUGCAAGAAAUUCGACAAGAGAUCGAUCAGACCAAGCCAGAUGUUGAACAAGUCCGAACAUCAGGACACGAAUUGAUGGGCUUGUGCGGCGAGCCGGACAAACCUGAAGUACGAAAACACAUUGAAGAUUUGGAUCAGGCUUGGGAUAACGUCACCGCUCUGUAUGCCAGACGCGAGGAGAAUUUGAUCGACGCCAUGGAGAAAGCGAUGGAGUUCCACGAGACGCUACAGAACUUGUUGGAGUUCUUGCAAGAGGCCGAAGAUAGAUUUGCAGAGAUGGGCCCGCUUGGUAGUGAUAUUGAUGAAGUGAAGAAGCAGAUCAAGCAGCUGGCCAAUUUUAAGGCCGAAGUGGAUCCGCAUAUGGUGAAGGUCGAGGCGUUGAACAGACAAGCAGCUGAAUUAACGGAAAGAACAUCCUCCGAACAAGCAGCAGCCAUCAAGGAACCGCUUGGUGCCGUGAAUAAACGAUGGGACGGAUUACUGAGAGGCUUGGUGGAAAGGCAGCGAUUACUGGAGAAUGCAUUAUUACGACUCGGUCAAUUCCAGCAUGCUUUGGAUGAACUAUUAGUAUGGAUCGAGAAAACUGAUAAGACAUUGGAUAAUCUCAGACCAGUGGCAGGUGAUCCACAAGUGAUCGAAGUCGAGUUGGCCAAGCUGAAGGUCCUAGUAAACGAUAUACAAGCUCAUCAGACGAGCGUCGAUACUCUAAAUGAUGCUGGACGACAAUUGAUUGAGGAUGGCAAAGGUACUGCAGAAGCGUCUACUACAGCCGAUAAACUAGGCACUUUGAAUCGUCGUUGGCGAGAUCUAUUGCAACGCGCCGCUGAUCGCCAGCGAGAACUAGAAGAUGCUUUACGAGAGGCACAAUCCUUCACUGCUGAAAUACAGGACUUGCUGUCGUGGUUAGGCGAUGUGGAUAACAUGAUAGUAGCAUCCAAGCCAGUUGGUGGAUUACCUGAGACUGCAUCCGAACAGUUGGAACGUUUUAUGGAGGUGUUUAACGAAUUGGAACAAAACCGUCCGAAAGUCGAAACGGUGCUGCAACAAGGACAGGAAUAUUUGAAAAAAGCGGAUACGAGCAGCGCCGGUGGAUUGAAUCACAAUCUGCGAACGUUGAAGCAAAAAUGGGACAACGUGCUUUCACGCGCCAGCGAUAAGAAGAUAAAGUUAGAAAUUGCUCUGAAGGAGGCCACUGAGUUCCACGACGCAUUACAAGCUUUCGUCGAUUGGUUGACAAAUGCUGAGAAGAUUCUGACGAAUCUUAGACCGGUCUCGAGGGUCAUGGAAACUAUACUUCAACAAAUCGAGGAACACAAAGCCUUCCAAAAGGACGUCGGUGUCCAUCGCGAAACUAUGCUAAAUCUUGACAAAAAAGGAACCCAUCUCAAAUACUUCUCUCAAAAACAAGACGUGAUACUUAUAAGAAACUUGCUCGUGAGUGUGCAACAUAGAUGGGAACGAGUAGUUUCCAAGUCAGCCGAGAGAACGAGGGCUUUAGAUCACGGUUACAAGGAAGCUAGAGAGUUCCACGAUAGCUGGUCGAACCUAAUGAACUGGUUGGAUGAUACCGAGAAGACUUUGGACGAAGUCGCUGCUGAUGGACUUGGCGGCAAUGAUCCAGAUAAGAUUAAAUCACGCCUUAAUAGACACCGCGAAGUACAAAAGGCACUGAGUGCUAAGCAGGGCACGUACGACAAUACCAUGAAGAACGGUAAAACAUUGAAGGACAAGGCGCCGAAAUCCGAUGAACUUGCUUUGAGGGAACUUCUAAAUGAGUUGAAGAAUAAAUGGACUAUGGUCUGCGGUAAAUGCGUGGAUCGACAACGAAAAUUGGAGGAAGCCUUACUAUUCUCUGGACAAUUCAAGGAUGCGAUUCAGGCGCUGUUGGAAUGGUUGAGCAAGACCGAAAAAUAUUUGGCCAAUCCUGGACCACUUUAUGGUGACCUGGAUACGGUAACCAAUUUAGUGGAGCAACAUAGGAACUUUGAAAGAGAUCUGGAGUUACGCGCCUCACAAAUGGAAUCCGUCAUUAAAACUGGUCGCGAAUUGGAAUCUAAAGCCUCCAUUGAGGAUGCGUCAAUGAUCAGAUCACAGUUGUCGGAAUUAAAUAGUCUCUGGGAUAGAGUAACCAGUCUCUCGACGAAGAAGUCCAGACUAUUGGAAGAAGCUCUUAGAGAGGCCGAACGGCUUCAUAAAGCCGUUCACAUGUUACUGGAAUGGUUGAGUGACGCGGAGAUGAAGCUACGAUUCGCUGGACCACUGCCGGAAGACGAGCAGGAGAGUAGGAACCAAUUAAUGGAGCAUCAGAGAUUCCUUCGCGAGUUACAAACUAAGGAAAUUGAAAAAGACAACACAUUAGAGUUGGCACAUAUUAUUCUUGGAAAAGCGCAUCCUGAUGGUGCCGCAGUUAUCAAACACUGGAUCACAAUUAUUCAGUCUAGAUGGGAAGAAGUGGCAACAUGGGCCUACCAAAGGAACCAAAGACUGGAGAAUCAUAUGCAGGGAUUACAGGAUCUUGAUAAUCUUCUCGAAGAGUUAUUAGCCUGGCUCGAAGGUUUGGAGAAUACUUUGAACGCCUUAGAGGCGGAACCUUUGCCCGAUGAUAGGGCUACGCUCGAAAUGCUUAUCGCGGAUCACAGAGAAUUCAUGGAGAAUACCAGCCGAAGACAAAACGAGGUUGAUCGCGUGUGCAAAGCCCGACAAAUUAAGCCAAUAAAAGAUGCAAGGAAAAUAUCGAAAGUCAGAUCACCAGCACCUACUAAGGAUCUCUAUCAGGAUAACGAGCAUGAGCAGCCUCAGCCUCGUAAACAAAGCCGAGGCAGCCCAGGUCGUGACAGAACACCAGAUCUUUCAUUGCCACACAUCGGUCCACGCUUCCCACCCAAAGGAAGCAAAGGAGCCGAGCCAGAAUUCCGCAGUCCGAGAGUUAAGCUUCUCUGGGAUAAGUGGCGUCACGUUUGGAUGCUAGCGUGGGAACGACAACGCCGUUUGCAGGAUAAAUAUAAUUACAUUCAAGAGCUGGAUCGCGUUGCUAACUUCAGCUGGGAAGAUUGGCGCAAACGGUUCUUAAAAUUCAUGAAUCAUAAGAAGUCCAGACUAACGGAUCUAUUCAGGAAAAUGGAUAAGAAUAAUGAUGGACUUAUACCAAGGGACGACUUCAUUCAAGGAAUUAUGAACACCAAAUUCGAGACUUCCCGUCUGGAAAUGGGAGCUGUUGCCGAUCUCUUCGAUCGUCACGGCGAAGGCUUGAUAGAUUGGAAGGAGUUCAUCGCCGCUCUGCGACCCGACUGGGAAGAACGACGCACUUACAACGACACGGACAAGAUACAUGAUGAAGUUAAACGGUUAGUUAUGCUGUGCACCUGUCGCCAGAAGUUCCGCGUUUUCCAAGUUGGCGAAGGAAAGUACAGGUUUGGAGAUAGCCAGAAAUUACGAUUGGUUCGAAUUCUACGUUCCACUGUUAUGGUACGCGUCGGUGGAGGCUGGGUAGCGUUAGACGAGUUCCUUCUAAAGAACGAUCCAUGCCGCGCCAAGGGAAGAACGAAUAUCGAGCUGCGGGAGCAAUUUAUACUGGCGGAUGGUGUUAGCCAGACUAUGACAGCCUUCCGUUCCAAGCCGAGUCCGACCUCGACGCUGCAGCGUACGCAAAUGUCCUCCACGAAUGCUGGACCAAUCACCAAGGUGAGAGAACGCAGUGCUCGCAGCGUACCUAUGGGUCAGUCGCGAGCUUCGCGUUCAUCUUUGAGCGCUGGCACGCCUGACAGCCUUAGCGACAACGAAAGUUCCUUCAAGAUAUCUAGAAAAACCAGCACGCCUUACAGAUCUACUAUGACGCCUGGUGGUAGUCGUCCAUCUAGCAGGCCAGCAUCAAGACCUGCCUCCCGACCAGCCAGUAGACCGAGUAGCCGACCUGCGUCGAGACAAGGAAGCAAACCGCCUAGUCGAUAUGGAUCAACGCAGUCAUUGGAUGACGAUUCAUGCACCCCAAGUCGCAUUCCGCGAAGGACUAUCAUAGGCUCCGGUAAUACUCCGACGUCCAGUAGACAUAACAGUGUAUCUGGUAGAAAACUUACAACUCCGAUGAAUGGAUCGAGCUCUAGACCCCGCACUCCAACAGGAUUAAUCAGUCCCGCCAGCGGAGUACCCUCUAGGUUUGGCUCAAUCCAUAGAGCUUCGAGCAUUCCAACCCUGACUGGUGUCGGAACACCUAUCAGCCGCUCUAGGAUACCCAUAUAUGUGGGGGUGGAUAUAAAAUCUCCUCAGUCGACUACCAGCAAUAUGUCGACUCAUUCAACACAAAGCAACCAUUCUACAAUUUCUACUGAUUCCACUGGGAGCAGUUCCCUGUGUACCAAUUCAGCAACUAAUAUACCAACAGCCAUUAAGCAAGCUAGAGUACGUACACCGUCCAGUGGAUCCAGCACACCACUACCGCCGUCUUCAAAAUUAUCGAGGAAACCCUCCGGAGCUUCCGACACGUCGGUGUCGGGAACGACUCCGAUCACACGAAAGGGAAAACCCACACCGAUCGAACAACGCGCACCGUUCCGAUUGUAAUAGCUUAUUAACGGAUACUUAUAGCUUGUAAAAAUCAGCGUAUUAUACCCGAGAAUAUAAAGAUAAAUAUAAAACAUCCCCGCCAAAUUUAAGAAUAAUCGGUAUUGCAGGGAUAUGAGAAUAGAUUAUUGUUGUUAUCGAGGGAGAAGAGCGCAUAUAAUAUGUGAAUGCUAAAUUAAAUGCUGGAUCAAAAUUUCGUAGAAGGCAAAUGAUGAAUCUAAGAGUUACGAUUUUAUCAUUCAUAUUUCGUUGAAUUCCGCCAAGUACUGAAUGCCAUUAAAAUUACAGAUACCAAUGAGUAUUUUAUACUCUCUUAGGGUAAGGGAUUACAGUUGGGGAAAUUUAUUUAUUUCAUGCCCGCAUUAGAAAGUGCUUAAAGCGUCUAUCUAGUUUAUGAUAACACGUAACAGUGAAAUAAAUUAUUGUUAUAAAUACCAUAAUCUGGUAUUAUCAAGAGUGCAGGGUAAUGCUGUAUAAUUGAAAAUAUUUAGGUGAGAUAUAACAAUAUCUUCACUGACUUUCUCGAUAAGGACAAUACUAAAAAGAUUUUAGUGAAAAAAAAUCAGCGUUAUAUGUAUAAUAAUUACGCUUAUGUUUGAUAUAUAUAACUAGAUGCCUGUGUAAUUACUUUUAUAUAAUUUAAUAUAGUUUGCUCAUUUUGUAUCUUUGCGUGCUUUAUACUGCGUAAAUUAUUGAGGGUUUUCUCGAUAAAAAUUUUUGAGCUAUAUACUUGAGCAAAUUAUAUACGCGGAGACAUUAAUUUAUUUAAUAUUUUUUGCUUGACUUAUUGUAUUCAUAUGAUGUAAUUAACGUCUAAUUCGCAUUUGUUAAAAAAAAAGGAAGAAUCUUGUAUGCGAUUUUAGAUUAGAUGUAAACCGAUACAGAUUGUAAACUGAAUUCAUUUUUGUUAUCCGUUUCGCAAAUUGCACCGUACAUAUUUUCGAUUAGUUAUGUAUUUGUAAAAAUCAGAUUAAAUGUUAUUUUUUUAUUUUUUUAUUCUAUACCAAUUGAGUAACUAUGUGAAACUGUGGAUAUUGAUCUACAAUCUUUACAAAUCUGCUUGAUAUUACCUUUAAACAUAUUUUGAUAUAUUUAUGUUGUUGCGAAACGGAAUAUCUCGUUGCUUUGUGAAGAAAUAUGUAUGACAGUAAUCAAAUAUAGAUUAGAAUUAUGCACAAGUUUAGUCCUGGAGCGGUCGCUUUGAAAAAAUGCAAUUUUUCACAAAAUUAUAUCUAUGAAAUUUUUUUAAAUACAUUUUUCACGCAUCAAUACAUAUUUUAUGUCGUUUGUUAAGCUUGAAAUUAAUUAUUAAAAAGGCUGAGAUCAACACACGUGUCCGCUCUAAGAUUGAUGUGCGAUAUGCUUUUGUUACAUGUUUGCGAAUCGAUUUAUCGAUUAAUAAUCAAUUAAUAGAUAAGUAAAUAAUUAUAAUUAUAAUUACAUAAUUAUAUAAAAUAUUAUAUAAUUAUUAAUUAUAAUUGAUUAAUGAGAGAUUUAAGAGUUCGGGGGAACAUACCUAACAGCGUUAAAGUAAAAAAAAAAGAGAAAGCUCUAUACGUGUGAAUAGUUAAGUAAAAUAUAUUCCAUUGCGCGAAGUGUGGCCUGUUAGGUGACGGGUAGAAAAGAGAAACUCUGAAAAAAAGACAUUUCCAUUUUUUUUACAUACAUACUUUUAGAUGCGAUUAAUGUAACGGAGAUAUGACUCGCUGCCUCUUAUAAAUAUUACGUAAUGCGAUUAAUCUUAUUAACAACUUCUCAACGUAUGAUUUUUGUUUCUUUUUCACUUACAGAGAAGUGCUGUAUGAUGCUAAUAUUAAUAAUAAUAAUGAUGAUGAAACAGUGACAAAAAAAUAUAACACACACGCACAUGAUAUUUUAAUUAGAAACUUACUCUCGACCCGUUUUAUUUCUAUUUUUCAUUUUUAGGCGACUGUUUUUUCGCGCAUCAUGCAAAUAUAAAGAAAAAUGUAUAUACGAUAUUGGUACGUACAUAUAAUUUUUUCCAUACGUUCUGAUUGAAGUCAUGAUGUGUCAUGAUCAGGACACGAAUCCUGCUGUUGCUUGCGUCCUCAUGCCUAAAUUAAGCAUAACUAGGUACACAGCCAUCAUGCGAGAACGGACGGGGUUUUCCUGAAAUGGAAAUUUUCGUUUCUUCAGUGUUGACUGACGGCCGUAUUGUAUAAUAUAUCAAGCAGAUAUAUUUCGGAAGGAUCCAAUGAAAGAAGUGACUUUGUUGCAAGCUGCGUUGAUAAGGCUUACCAAGCAUCUGGACUGACGAUGUGCCGACUGACACCGUGCGUACGACUUGUAGAUGUGUAAUUCACGAAGAUACACCCGUGUGCAGGUCUAAAUGAGUUUUGUGCAGUUUUUUUUUUACACUCUGGGUUUACACUUUUAAGAUAUCUACGUCAAUGCGCCCGUUGUAUAACUGACCGUUUUAAUUGGAAUAAAUAUGUUUUUGCACUGAGAAGAGGACGAGACAUGAAUAUAUGCCGGUGGUAUGUGCAAGAGAUCACUGUCAAAAGAAUGUGUAAAGUAUCAGAAUGGUGUUUCUUUACCAUACA